AUGCCAACUACUGACACCGCGCCCACUAAAUCCACUGACACCAGGCCCACUACAAUCACUGCCACAACGCUCACUGCAACCACGCUCACUGCAACCACAGACACCACGCCCACUACAAUCGCUCCCACCACGCCCACUAAUAUAACUCCCACCACGCCCACUAGUACAACAACUCCCACAACUCCCUCUAGUACAACUCCCAACACGCCCACUAGCACAACAACUCCCAACACGCCCACUAGUUCAACAACUCCCAACACACCUACUAAUACAACAACUCCCAACACGCCCACUAGUACUACAACUCCCAACACGCCCACUAGUACAAGAACUCCCAACACGCCCACUAGCACAACAACCCCCACCACGCCCACUAGUACAACAACUCCCACAACUCCCUCUAGUACAACUCCCAACACGCCAACUAGCACAACAACUCCCAACACGCCCACUAGCUCAACAACUCCAAACACACCCACUAGUUCAACAACUCCCAACACGCCAACUUGUACAACAACUCCCAACACGCCUACUAGCACAACAACUCCCAACACGCCCACUAGCACAACAACUCCCAACACGCCCACUAGUACAACAACUCCCAACACGCCCACUAGUACAACAACUCCCAACACGCCUACUAGCACAACAACUUCCAACACGCCCACUGGUACAACAACUCCCAACACGCCCACUAGCACAACAACUCCCAACACGCCUACUAGCACAACAACUUCCAACACGCCCACUGGUACAACAACUCCCGACACGCCCGCUAGUACAACAACUCUCAACACGCCCACUAGUACAACAACUCCCAACACGCCAACUUGUGUAACAACUCCUAACACGCCCACUAAUACAACAACUCCCAACACGCCCACUAGCACAACAACUCCAAAACACGCCACUAAUACAACAACUCCCAACACGCCCACUAGUACAACUUCCAACACGCCCACUAGUACAACUCCCAACACGCCCACUAGUACAACAACUCCCAACACGCCCACUAGUACAACAACUCCCAACACGCCCAUUAAUACAACUCCCAACACGCCCACUAGUACAACAACCCCCAACACGCCAACUUGUACAACAACUCCCAACACGCCUACUAAUACAACAACUCCCAACACGCCCACUAGCACAACAACCCCCAACACGCCCACUAGUACAACAACCCCCAACACGCCCACUAGUACAACUCCCAACACGCCCACUGGUACAACAACUCCCGACACGCCCGCUAGUACAACAACUCUCAACACGCCCACUAGUACAACAACUCCCAACACGCCAACUUGUGUAACAACUCCUAACACGCCCACUAAUACAACAACUCCCAACACGCCCACUAGCACAACAACUCCAAAACACGCCACUAAAACAACAACUCCCAACACGCCCACUAGUACAACUUCCAACACGCCCACUAGUACAACUCCCAACACGCCCACUAGUACAACAACUCCCAACACGCCCACUAGUACAACAACUCCCAACACGCCCAUUAAUACAACUCCCAACACGCCCACUAGUACAACAACCCCCAACACGCCAACUUGUACAACAACUCCCAACACGCCUACUAAUACAACAACUCCCAACACGCCCACUAGCACAACAACCCCCAACACGCCCACUAGUACAACAACUCCCAACACGCCCACUAGUACAACUCCCAACACGCCCACUAGUACAACAACUCCCAACACGCCCACUUGUACAACAACUCCCAACACGCCCACUAGUACAACAACUCCCAACACGCCCACUAGUACAACAACUCCCAACACGCCCACUACUACAACAACUCCCAACACGCCCACUAAGUGGGGUGAUGGAAUAGAGCGUGUGUCCCAGAGUGAGGUGAGGAAACAGGGGCGAGUUUCCCAGAGUGAGGUGAGGAAACAGGGGCGUGUUUCCGAGAGUGAGGUGAGGAAACAGGGGCGUGUUUCCCAGAGUGAGGUGGAACACCGGCGUGUUUCCCAGAGUGAGGUGAGGAAAACAGGGGCGUGUUUCCCAGAGUGGGGUGAUGGAAUAGAGCGUGUUUCCCAGAGUGGGGUGAUUGAAUAG